AUGGCGAUACUGACGAGUGAAAGGACGGCUAAGAGAAGGCGGUUCGUUGGAGCAGUACUGCUCAUCAUCACAUUUGCAGAGGAGCAAAAUCGAUGGGAAACACGCCCGGCUAUCAACAAGAAGGAGAAACUGAAGAAGAAGUUGUGGUCUGCAGACGACCUCAGCGCGUUCCUGUCCGGCCUCGACCUCGCCUACCCUUCAGCCGUUGCGUCUUCUGUAACGUGGGAGGAGACUGAUGGGCCGAGAGCCCUGGCAGCCCUUGCAAAGUCCAAGCAGUCGCUGUUCCAGCUGCUGCAGCUCAAAGACAAACAGAGCCAGGACGGCGAGGAGAUCGUACGCGCGCUCCAAACCAAACGCGAGGAGUCUCGCCUGUUGGACGAAGAGUUUCAGGGCAAGUGGGCCGAGUACUGGGCCAGUGGCGACCAAAUCGGGCUGGAGCGGCUCGAAGACAAGAUGAAGGGGUGCCUAUGGGGCAUGUACAUCGGCGAUGCCCUCUCCAUGCCCGUGCACUGGAGCUACGAUGUGUCGGCCAUGAAACGAACGUACGGGCGGGUCAAAGACUACAUGCCGGCGCCCGACACCGUGGACAAUACCAUCAUGUACAAACACUGGAACACGAACAACUCGCACUCCAAAGACGUCAUUGGCAAGGUGAUCAACCACGACACCGCGCAUUUGUGGAAGCAACCUUACACACACUACCAUGCUGGCAUGAAGGCCGGCGAGAACACACUCGAUCUUCGUCUUGCCCGAGUACUGGGCCGGAGCGUGAUCAAGGAGCGCGGGUACAAUGCUGCGGCAUACCUACGUGACUUUGCCGAGUUUAUGACCACCCCUGGUUCGCACAACGACGUGUAUGCCGAUGCCUUCCUCAGGCAAUUCUUCUACAAUCACAAGGUCCUCGGCAAGGAGCUGGAGGACAGCGCUGGCGAAAUGAAUCAUGACACCGCUUCCGGCGCCGGCCUGGUGUCGGUUCCUCUGGUCACGGUCGCCGCACUGGCCCAGCCUGUGUCCGCGUCAAACGAACUGGUGAGCAAGCACGUCAUGCUCACCCACCGCUCGGACCGACUGGUGCGAUUCGGCACGCUCUACUCGUCGCUCCUCUCCGCGCUGCUCCUCCACGACGACAGAGGGGUCGCCAAGCGAGCGAUGGAACUGGCGGGCCAGGAAAUGGGCGUCGACCUUGCCGAACUCGUCUCCCACAAGCUGAGCGACACUGUGGUGCUGGGGAGCAUGUUCAGCAUCGCGUGCUAUAUCGCCGAUGGUAUGCCGUCGCUCGUGUACCUGGUCUACAAGUACCUGGACCAGAGUCCUGACGACUUCGAGGGCUGCUUCGAAGAGACCGUGCUCGCCAACACCAACUGCGGAGGCGAGAACUGUCACAGGGGUGCGCUGGUCGGCGCGUUGGUGGGCGCCAUCACGGGAGCCUCCAAGAUUCCGGCCCGCCUGAUCGAGGGCCUGCACGCGAGGGACGAGAUUGAGAAGGAGAUCAACCAGUUCGUCGAUAUCGCCCUCGCCACGAUCAACUCUGCGGUGAGCGAGGAGCACCCCUACCUCCACACCACGGCCAAAGCCCCGCCACCGGAGGGAACCGUGGUCCUCCACAACACCGCCGUCACCUCCCGCGCACCCAAGGCCUUUUCCCGUCCACCACUCGCGAUCGCGCACGGGUUGUUUGGCGCUGGGAUCAACUGGCGCUCGGUAGCCAAGAAGAUAACCCCUGCGUGCAAUGUGAACUCGCUGUUGCUUGAUCUGCGCAAUCACGGAAGCAGCCCGCACCACCCGGAACACACCUACGACGCCAUGAUUGGCGACCUCCACUACCUCCUCACUCAGCGCUAUGGCAUCAACACCUUCUCCCUCAUGGGCCACAGUAUGGGCGGGAACAUGGCCAUGCGGAUGGCGCUCAAGUACCCGGACCUCAUCGACCGACUGAUCAUCGUCGACUUUGCGCCCACCUCCUACCAAUCCAUCGAGAAAUACAAGGACUACAUCGAGAUCAUGCAGUCCAUCGACCUCACCGCCAUCAAGAGUCGAGGCGACGUAGACAAGAUCAUGGCCCACACCAUCCACGAACCUCUGCUGCGUGCGUUCCUGGUCUCCAACCUGGUCCACGAAGCCGACAAGAGCUGGCGGUGGCGACUCAACCUCGACGCCCUCAAGCGCUUCAUCGGCCCCAUCCGAUCCUGGGACAUCCAGCCGCAAGAGGGGCUCCAGUACAAGAAGCCGACCCUGUUCGUGGGCGGCGGCAAGAGCCAGUUCAUCAAACCCGAAUACCACGAAAAGAUCCACGCCUUCUUCCCCAACGCCAAGAUCGAGAUGAUCCCCGACGCCGAUCACUGGGUGCACUUCGAGAAGCCGAAUGAGUUCUGUCAUGCCGUGGAGUCGUUCUUGCACCGCACGCAGCAGUAG